GUGAUUUCCUUAUAGAAGAGGUCUUUAUCUACGGCAGUUCAGAAACUCCAUUGGCUGAUUACACAAUAGAAACAACAUUUUUGUUGGUAAAUCCACCUGAAAAAAGUGCAUGGGACCGGUGCACUUACCACAAUGGCAUCUUAACCGCAGCGACAGGUUACCAGAGUCGGGAUAGGUGUGACGACAGAACUAUUGGACGAUGGCUCAGGAUACGAAUUAAGACGGGUGAUCUUAAAUUAUGCGAAGUUCAGGUUAAGGGACGCGAAAUAGAAAACCUUGCAAUUGGAAAAGAGACCAAACAGCCUAUUGAUAUAAGAUCCGGUGGAUUGGCGGUCGAUGGAAGAAUAGACUCAAAUUAUGAUGAUGGUUUCUGUUCAGCAACGUCAAAUGCAAAAGGAGAUCCUGCGUACUGGAUGGUUGACCUGGGGGCAAAGUACCAUAUCGACACUGUAGUAGUAUUCAACAACAACGGAGGUUGCCAUUUGACCGAAUGUCCCCAAUCGAUUGGAUACACUAUUGAAAUGUCAAAUCCACAAUCUAACGACUUCACGGUCCUCACGGACUUCGCAGUCCCCUGUUCAGGGUUCAUCACCGGUUGGGAGUAUUAUCGCCAUACAAACGAAGAGCCAUUCUGGAUAGCGGUGCUAAUACCAAGUGGUGCUUCCCUAUAUACUGUCCGACAUAUUGAAAAGAUUCCUAUUACGGAGCAAGGUUUUACUCAGUUUACUAGUUCAGGCCUGAAGGUGGAAAAAGGAGACGUUUUUGGCUUGAUCUUCUCACAGUAUACCAUCAAGGGAG